GGGCCGGUCAUAUAAUGGUGGUCCAGAUUGGAGAGCCCGAUAGGCUAUUCGAGCCCGAGUGUCACCGGCCUGUUAUCACUUCACUGCCUGGAGAGGGGAGCCACGAUGCUCUGUGAAAUCAUCCCGACGUAUUAUCUCCCAACUCUAGGAACAGGUCGGCUCAAGUCUUCACCAAGCCUUCUCGGCCCAACUCCGGGCUUGGAGCGGGCAGGCUAGAUACUUACAUAACAAAGCCCAGCAUUUCGAGAACGGCUCAAUGUCCCACCAUUUUAGUGCCUCCACAUAGAUGACAAGCCCUUGUUAGUAAGCUCGGCGGCGACAUGUGCUUCACAUGCAUAUUUAAAAAGCUCUUAUAACUACUGUUUCAGCGAUGUGGUAGCUAUUCUCACUUCUUAGAGUAUUAAAGCUGAAUCUCCCUUAUCUUUGUCUUAUAACCAUUAGCAGGAGCUACCAACAACGGCCAUUUUUGCCUUAACACAAAGCUCGAAAAUGAUCCCUCAAAAAUCUUAAGCUCUUGCUCUGGCAGCUCACCUAUUAUUUGUGCAAGUAAAGUUGAUGAACAACAAAGUAAGAGGCGGUUUUCUAUCUAAGGUUGUGGACGCAUAUAGUUGUUGUCGUGUUUUUUCCCGUUGUUGUAAGUGGCAAUUUUACGAUAAGUCUUCAAUAACAUAUUGAAUUGUAGAACACCAAUUUGGAACAUGCUCACGGAGAUAGAAGAGCCAAUAGCUAAAUUGUUGGAACACAACAGUUUCUGAACAAGAAUCUCCACGUUUUUGGGUUUUAAAUUUUUUGAAAAUAUCAUUUUUUAACUUUUCAUCGAAUUUGUAAAUUAAGGUAAUGAACAACAAAGUAAGUGACAGCUUUCCAUCGUGUGUAAAGACUGUGGAAUCAUACAGAUGUUGUCGUGUUCUUUUCGCUGUUAUUUUAAGUGACAGUUUUAGGACUAGACUUCAGGAACUCAAACUCUUAUGCUGCUCCCUCUUACAGUGAAGACAAUCUAGCUGAGUGAAACUCUGCUCGUAGUUAAAAUCUUAUCAUAACUAUUUUUCUUUGCUUUGUGGAGUGUAGAAUAGAUUCGUUAAUCCUUAUUCUUACUAAAUAGGAUACGAGAUAGUAGCACUUUGGAACAUAUUUUCUGAUCUUCGCCAAAGAAAUUUCUAAUUAUAUGGUUUGGAGAAAUCCUAUUGGGGCCAAUAGAGUUAUUCUGCUAACUGCCUAAGCUGUUAGUAUAUACUGACUAAUAUCCAAAAUGUAUGAACUAGUAUUCAUGUCUGCUAAUUUUAUAAAAUAGUACUAAAAUGUCUAGAUAGCACAGAUUGGUAUUCAAAACAUCACAAAACUAGUAUCCAACUCACACAAUUAGUAUUCAACCAAUCAAUUACCAACUAACAUCCACAAUCAAACCAACUAGUAUUCCAUAUGGAUACUCUUAUGUGUUAUCUGGAUACUAUUCUGUGUUGUCUAGAUAUUAGUUUGUGAAUUUGGGAUAAUAGUUGAUUCAUGGUGGAUAUCAGUUAGCAAACCUUAAAUACUAGUUUGUACUCUCUAGAUACUUUAGUACUAGUUCAUAAAAGCAACAAACUUAAAUACUAGUUCAUGCAUUUUGGAUAUCAGUUAUUAUCUGCUGACGAAUUUUAAGUUAGCAUAUUAACUUUUUCGUAUUGAGCACCAACCGGAUUGGUCCAAUCACAAACCGACCGUCGAGAUAACUUGGUUUGUUUUGGUCGUAAAUACAUGAUGACUCGAUAUUUGCACAUGUUUUCCCUUUUGUUUCUUGAUCGUUUAAGUUUGCAUUAUUGCUUCUUUGGCCUAUUUUACGCUAGGUUGUGUUCCUUUGUCACAUUUCAGGUCCUAGCACAUAAAGUGAAGCGUAGGCGCAAGUUUCAAGUCAAUCGGAGAUCAAUUGGCGACUCGGGGGAAGAAACUCGGGUAUGACUUGAAGAAGAAGGGAUUUCUACCCCAUUUUGUGACCAUAUAAUCAUGUAAUCUUGUCAUGAGAAGAAAGAGGACGAGAAUACGAGCGUCUGGGAUCAAACGGCACCUGAUUUGGAGUCCGAACGAGGGAGAAACGAAGAAUCAAAGAUAGGGGAAAAUUGGUUUCAGGCUUCUCUGAGAAACAGAAGGGGGCCCUAUCGUGAAGCUAAAAUCCCCGGUAGGGGAUAUUUGGCCUUGAUAGGGGAUUUUCCCAAAAAUCCCCUAUCGUGAACCAAAAAUCCCCGGUCGUGAACUAAAAUCCCCGGUCGUGACCCAAAAAUCCCCUAUCGUGAACCAAAAAAUCCCCUGUCGUGACCUAAAAUACCCUACCGGGUAUUUUGACCGGGGAUCGCGAACGCAGGCUGUUAAAAGCCUGUUUUGUGCGUUUUUGCAGAGGGAGAGCUGGGUUUUGGAUCCCAAACACCCUAGGGACGAACCAAAGAGAGAGAGGGCGAUUUGAGGGCAUUCUUGGAGUGGAAUUGGAGGAUUUCUUUGCCUUGGAAGCUCGAGGAACAAGCCCGGACUUGAAGACUGAUCAUCUGAAGAUUCUUACUGCAGUCUCUCUCUUCUCUAUGGAGUAACUUCCCUUCACUUAGGUUUUGAGGAACCCUAGCUAUGUUUGUUUGAUUGGAUGAUUGUAUGAUUACUCUGACUUGAUAAUCUUGAGUUCAUAUUCAAUCUAUGCAUGUUUUCAUGAUUCAAUUCUGCUUUAGUCAAGAUUAUUGAUUCUGCUUUGAUCCUAUGAGAGAGAAUACCUGAUUAGGUCAAUAGAGCACCAUAGAUUGAUAGUAGUGGAUCGAUUGCUUUAGUCGAGGGUUGAUUCACUGCUUUGUAUCGAUUGAGAACCUCUUUCGAUAGAGGGAGUCUAGUUCAGAAUGCCUUGAUCAGUUGUUCUAGAGAAGGAUACGUCCCUCUAGGCAAUUGACUCAAGAGGGCCUUGUUCCUUUAGUCGAGACUCAAGGUCUAGUCAAGGAUUCUCCGCAUUGUGAAUGAAAGUGAAACAAGUUAGAAAUCAUCAAUCGUUAGUCUGGCUAGUGGCUAGGGGGAAUCAUACCUAAGUGAGUUCCCAACCUGUAAUUAGAUUAACUUUAACUGUAGUUUGCUAGAGUAGUUUUAGUUCUUUCAUCUUAAUAUGGUUUGCUAAAUAAUAAACUGAAGCUGAGUAAUAGUAACUCUAGAGACCCGUGGAUUCGAUAUUUAUCACUUGAGCCACUAUACUGCAGUCCCUUCCAUUGGUUACACUUGGCCAUUGUUAGGUGUUGUGUCAUAGCGAGUCAAGUUUUUGGCGCCGUUGCCGGGGACUUUGUAGAGUAUUAGGAAAGGCAGAAGUUUGUUACUUUAGCGUUUUUCUUUUCUUUUCCACCCUUGCUUUUCACUUGGGUGUUUUUGUUUUUGUUGGUGCAGAUCUGAAUCAUGGAUCCUCAUGGCUUCUCCAACAAUUGGGGGUAUCCACCACCACCCGAGUGGUAUUACCCCGAGACUCCCUGGAGCAAUCAAGGAGGAGAAGAAUAUGGAUUCGGGUUCCAGUACCAACCCCCUUACUACGGAGAACAACCGGACCCCUGGCCUUAUCAAGAACAACCUAAUUACCAAGAAGAAUUUUUCCCACAACCAGAGGGGCCAUUGGAGCUGGAGUUACCCAUGGCGGCCUUCACGGGCCAUUCUGCAGAGCCAUGCUACACUCCACAGCCAGAUCCACACUAUGAAUUGAGACUUCUCAUGGAGCAGUUUGCUCGAGACUGUGAUAGAACAUGCUCCAGGAUGGAUCAUUGUGUCCAGGCCUAUCGUGAAACAGAGGAGAUCCUCCUGAGCCUUAAGAAGAGCAUCGAUGAUCUUGAGAGAUCUUGGGCACAACCUGAUCCAGAUCACCCUUCUACUACCAUACUAGAAGAGGAGGAGGAAGAAGAAGGCUACAAGGACAUUGUGGAGCACACUAAAGAUGUCAUGGAGAGCUCCCGUGAUGAUCAUGAUCAGGAAUGUCCUGUCAUAGCCAACCACACCUUCCCACACCCCAAACUGAGCUUUGAAGAGGCGGGCAUGAGUGAGGAGAUGCGAGAAGAUCUCAUGAAAGAAAUUGCUUGGCAACUUGCUCUCCAAUCCGUGCUAGAAGAAGAAGAGCAAGAAAGGGUGCAGAAAGAAGUUGUGGAGGAUGACGAAAGUGAAGUUGGAGGAGUUCUUGAUCAUUUCCCAGGGGUGAUACCACAUGAAGAAGGAAGGGAGGUUGAAGAAGCAAUUGGCGUCCAGACUGAGGACGAAGUUGAGGUGGAAGAGGCUUGCACCGGCCAUGAGUUACAUUUGAUAUCUCCACCAAACUUCGAGGAACUGCUUAGCAAGGACCCAUUUGCAGUGUCUCUUUGCCAGACCAAGGCCACAUCAACAUCGGUCCCUCUUGGUGGAUGCGAUGGUGGUCAAUCGAUGCUGUCAUAUCUGGUUUGGGGCAAUGAGACGAGAGAAGAGAAGAAGAGGUCUCGAGGGUGGAGACGUUAUCUGCAUCAAGUGCACGAGCUUCCAUCACCUGUCAUACCACAUGCUCGUGACUUGAGACUCCACCUCAUAGACGAGAACCUCAACUUCAAAGAGGUUUUGGGGUGGACCGAAACUUAGGAGCCAUCGUCCGGCUCAUGACGUGAAAGAAGCGCUUGUUGGGAGGCAACCCAACCAGUCGGUUUGCAUUUCUUUCUCUUUUUCUCCUCGGUUGAGUCAGUUUUGUUAUUUGAUUUUAGAGUCAAUAAUUCAACCUUUGUGAGAUUUUGUGUGGUGUUUGUGGUCUGACCAUUCUCUCCUCCUGGAAUACGCCGCCUGCCCCGUCCACCAUCAUUCACCCUGGAUCUGGUAACUUUGUUCUACCCUCCUUAUCUUUCCUCCAUUGAGGACAAUGUCGUGCUUAAGUGUGGGGGGAUGUUCGAUUAUGUAUCCGUGUGAAUGUUUGACUGUUUGUGUGCUUGGAGCCUAGUCCACUGUCCAAAUUUCGAUUUGAGGGCUCCAAGUACAUGUUCAUUGCAAUUGCCUGCUCAGUAUGCUUUGAAUUGACAGUCUUUAUAGUAAUAUGCAACCUAGGGAGGUAGUGUAGCACUAUGGAGGAUGUUGAUGCAUUUAAGAAGUCUCAUUUCUUCUUCAUAUUGUGUUGGUUGAUUGAGUGAAUUAGUGAUCUUAGGACCCUUGAAUUGUGUGGUGUUGUGGACUCUCUACCUGUCAUGGAAUCUUGUAUCAUGUUUUGAAAUAAAAGGUGCUCGAUAAUGUGCUUGAAAAUAACGUCUCCCGUGCGAAUAGGGCGAAAGUGUGUAAGGGGAGACGGGAAUUCGUUCCCAAUUUCCACCUACUACCUCCAGCCCUCUUACAUUCCUUUUCCCCGCACGAGGCUCGAGGCAUUCGCUCCUGGCAUGGCCGGUAAGAGCCAGGUUUCCGCAAAACCUUUGCUAGGUGGGAGCCCCGUUUUCUGAAAAUCGGGUUGGAACCCUUGAAAAAAGAAAGAAAAAAAAGAGAACAAAAGAAAAGGAAAAAAGGGGUUCCAACCAUCUUCAAAAAGAAAAUAAGAGCACCUUGAAAAAUGUGAGUCCAUGAUCUUUAGUUUUUGAGAGUCUCUUCGUCCACGAUUCAUUUGUCGUCUGAUCACUAUUUGCCAUGAUGCCGACUCGAGACUAGCGUUCUCGCCGAAGAAGCUAUGAGAUGACUUGUGCGUCGGUUGACCUCGUAAGCUGCUAAAUGAUCUAGAAAAUCCUCUAUCAAGGAUCGAGGGUGCAUGUUGCUAUAGAGGUCUGGAGAGCUGCAUUGGUUUGAGUUAGGUUUGCUUGGGGACAAGCAAACGGUUAAGUGUGGGGGGAUUUGAUGACUCGAUAUUUGCACAUGUUUUUCCUUUUGUUUCUUGAUCGUUUAAGCUUGCAUUAUUGCUUCUUUGGCCUAUUUUACGCUAGGUUGUGUUCCUUUGUCACAUUUCAGGUCCUAGCACAUAAAGUGAAGCGUAGGCGCAAGUUUCAAGUCAAUCGGAGAUCAAUUGGUGAACUCGGGGGAAGAAACUCGGGUAUGACUUGAAGAAGAAGGGAUUUCUACCCCAGUUUGUGACCAUAUAAUCAUGUAAUCUUGUCAUGAGAAGAAAGAGGACGAGAAUACGAGCGUCUGGGAUCAAACGGCACCUUAUUUGGAGUCCGAACGAGGGAGAAACGAAGAAUCAAAGAUAGGGGAAAAU